CGCCGCCGCCACAGGACGACGUGGACGCGCAGCGGCCGGCGACGGAGGCGUGCUGUGGUCGCGCCCACUGCCCUCCCGCGAGCUCGCCCCCGACGUCAGGACGAUGGAGUGAAUCGCGGCCCGCGGUGGCACUUCCGCGUUGCGCCGCCGGAGCCCGAGGCCGCCGCCGCCCGGCGCGGCCGGCUUUCUGCCGAGGACAGGAUCCUCCCGCGCCAGGCCCUGAGGCCGCUGCGCACACACCGCGACUGGAAGCGGGGACGCGCGUCCCGACCCGGAUUAUCGUGGCGCGACUCCCGGCCGGCCCUGCUGCUCGCUACCCCUCCGCCGCGGCUGCCGUCCCCCUUCCCGGCGGGGGACAUGGCCAGGGUCUGACCCCGGAGGAGGCCGCACCCGCGCCGCACUCUGCGGCGGGCUCUAGGCGAUGCCGAGCAGCUCGGACACGGCGCUGGGGGGAGGCGGGGGCCUGAGCUGGGCCGAGAAGAAGUUGGAGGAGCGCCGUAAGCGGAGGCGAUUCCUGUCCCCUCAGCAGCCGCCGCUGCUGUUGCCGCUCCUGCAGCCGCAGCUCCUGCAACCGCCGCCGCCCCCGCCGCCUCUGCUCUUCCUGGCUGCCCCCGGCGCGGCCGCCGCCGCAGCCGCCGCCGCCGCGGCCUCCUCCUCCUGCUUCAGCCCGGGCCCUCCUCUGGAGGUCAAGCGGCUGGCGAGAGGCAAGAGGCGCCCCGGAGGGCGGCAGAAGCGGCGUCGCGGGCCCCGCGCCGGGCAGGAGGCGGAGAAGCGCCGGGUCUUCUCGCUGCCCCAGCCGCAGCAGGACGGCGGUGGCGGUGCCAGUAGCGGCGGGGGUGUGACCCCGCUGGUGGAGUACGAGGAUGUGAGCUCCCAGUCCGAGCAGGGGCUGCUGCUGGGGGGCGCCAGCGCGGCAACGGCGGCGACGGCUGCCGGGGGAACGGGGGGCAACGGCGGGAGUCCGGCCUCCUCCUCCGGCACGCAGCGGCGCGCGGAGGGGUCGGAGCGCAGGCCGCGCCGGGACCGCCGCAGCAGCAGCGGCCGCAGCAAGGAGCGUCACCGCGAGCACCGGCGGCGGGACGGGACGCGCAGUGGCAGCGAGGCCUCAAAGGCCCGCAGCCGCCACGGACACAGUGGCGAGGAGCGGGCCGAAGCCGCCAAGAGCGGCAGUAGCAGCAGCAGCGGCGGCCGCCGCAAGAGCGCGUCGGCUACGUCGAGCAGCAGCAGCAGCCGCAAGGACCGGGACCUCAAGGCCCACCGCAGCCGGACUAAGUCGUCCAAGGAACCGCCUUCGGCCUACAAGGAGCCGCCCAAGGCCUACCGAGAGGACAAGAGCGAGCCGAAGGCCUACAGGCGGCGGCAGCGGUCCCUGAGCCCGCUGGGAGGCCGAGACGAAAGCCCGGUGUCCCACAGGGCCUCGCAGAGCCUCCGGAGCCGCAAGUCCCCCAGCCCGGCGGGAGGUGGCAGCAGUCCCUAUUCCCGGCGGCUGCCGCGCUCCCCCAGCCCCUACAGCCGGCGCCGCUCGCCCAGCUACAGCCGCCACAGCUCCUAUGAGCGCGGCGGCGACGUAUCCCCCAGCCCGUACAGCAGCAGCAGCUGGCGGCGCUCGCGCAGUCCCUACAGCCCGGUACUCAGACGAUCUGCCAAAUCCCGAAGCAGAAGCCCAUAUUCGUCUAGGCACUCAAGAUCUCGUAGCAGGCACAGAUUGUCUAGAUCCAGAAGUCGUCAUUCAAGCAUUUCUCCUAGCACACUAACUCUGAAGAGUAGCUUGGCAGCUGAAUUGAACAAGAAUAAAAAGGCACGAGCUGCAGAGGCAGCAAGAGCUGCAGAGGCAGCAAAAGCUGCAGAAGCUGCUAAGGCUGCUGAGGCAGCUGCCAAAGCUGCAAAAGCCUCAAAUGCUUCUACGCCUACCAAGGGGAACACAGAAACUGGUGCCAGUGUCUCACAGACAAACCAUGUGAAGGAAGUAAAAAAACUUAAAACUGAGCAUGCACCUUCUCCUUCAAGUGGUGGAACUGUCAAAAGCGACAAAGCGAAAACAAAGCCACCGCUUCAAGUAACAAAGAUAGACAAUAAUUUGAUUGUAGAGAAAGCCACCAAGAAAACAGUUGUUGGGAAGGAGAGUAAACCUGCUGCUACAAAGGAAGAACCAGUGUCCACUAAAGAGAAAACCAAGCCACUCACACCAAGCAUAGGAGCCAAGGAGAAGGAGCAACAUGUGGCUUUAGUGACCUCUACAUUACCACCAUUACCUUUGCCUCCCAUGCUGCCUGAAGAUAAAGAUACUGAUAGCUUAAGAGGCACUAUUUCUGUAAAGGCAGUUAAAAAAGAAGUUGAAAAGAAACUCCGAUGUCUGCUUGCUGAUUUACCAUUGCCCCCUGAGUUACCAGGAGGAGAUGAUCUUUCCAAGAGUCCAGAGGAGAAGAAAACAGCAACACAGUUACAUAGCAAAAGAAGGCCUAAAAUAUGUGGGCCUCGCUAUGGUGAAAUCAAAGAAAAAGAUAUUGACUGGGGGAAACGCUGCGUGGAUAAAUUUGAUAUCAUCGGAAUUAUUGGAGAAGGUACUUACGGACAAGUUUACAAAGCCAGGGACAAAGACACUGGAGAAAUGGUAGCCUUAAAGAAAGUACGUCUGGAUAAUGAAAAGGAGGGUUUCCCAAUUACAGCAAUUAGAGAAAUUAAAAUUCUUAGACAACUCACCCAUCAGAGUAUCAUCAAUAUGAAGGAAAUAGUGACUGAUAAAGAAGAUGCUUUGGAUUUUAAGAAAGACAAAGGUGCAUUUUACCUGGUGUUUGAAUAUAUGGACCAUGAUCUGAUGGGACUGCUGGAAUCAGGCUUGGUUCAUUUUAAUGAAAACCAUAUAAAAUCUUUUAUGAGACAGCUCAUGGAAGGCCUGGAUUAUUGUCAUAAGAAGAACUUUUUGCAUAGAGAUAUUAAGUGUUCAAAUAUCCUUCUAAAUAAUAGAGGACAGAUAAAGCUUGCAGAUUUUGGACUUGCUCGUUUGUAUAGCUCAGAAGAAAGUCGCCCAUAUACUAACAAGGUCAUUACUUUGUGGUAUCGUCCACCUGAACUGCUCUUGGGAGAAGAACGAUAUACACCAGCCAUUGAUGUAUGGAGCUGUGGAUGUAUCCUUGGUGAACUCUUCACUAAAAAGCCUAUAUUUCAAGCAAACCAGGAACUUGCACAGCUAGAGCUAAUAAGCCGUAUAUGUGGGAGUCCAUGUCCUGCAGUGUGGCCUGAUGUAAUCAAACUGCCAUAUUUCAACACCAUGAAACCAAAGAAGCAAUAUCGGCGGAAGUUAAGAGAAGAGUUUGUUUUUAUCCCUGCAGCUGCACUCGACUUAUUUGAUUACAUGCUUGCCUUGGAUCCCAGUAAGCGUUGCACUGCUGAGCAGGCUCUUCAGUGUGAGUUCCUACGAGAUGUGGAACCCUCCAAAAUGCCGCCACCAGACCUUCCUUUGUGGCAAGAUUGUCAUGAAUUAUGGAGUAAAAAGAGAAGAAGACAGAAACAGAUGGGCAUGACUGAUGAUCUUUCCACAAUCAAAGCCCCCAGAAAGGACCUGUCUCUAGGCUUAGAUGACAGCAGGACUAACACACCCCAGGGUGUGCUGCCACCUACACAGUUGAAAUCUCAGAGCAACUCAAAUGUAGCACCUGUAAUAACAGGCCCUGGACAGCCGUUAAACCACAGUGAAUUGGCAAUUCUUCUAAACCUACUACAGUCUAAAUCAAGUGUUAAUAUGGCUGAUUUUGUCCAAGUGUUGAACAUUAAGGUAAACUCUGAGACUCAGCAGCAGCUAAAUAAAAUAAACCUUCCUGCUGGAAUUUUGGCAACAGGUGAAAAACAGACAGAUCCAUCAACACCACAACAGGAGUCUUCAAAAUCAUUGGGAGGAGUUCAGCCUUCACAGACCAUCCAGCCUAAAGUGGAGACUGAUGCUGCCCAGGCUGCUGUGCAGAGUGCAUUUGCAGUCCUCUUGACGCAGUUAAUAAAGGCCCAACAGUCAAAACAGAAAGAUGCCAUGCUAGAGGAGAGGGAAAAUGGAUCAGGACAUGAAGCUCCAUUACAACUCAGGCCACCUCCAGAACCCAGCACUCCUGGAUCUGGGCAAGAUGACCUCAUUCAGCACCAAGACAGGAGGCUUCUGGAGCUGACACCAGAACCAGACCGGCCUCGGAUUCUGCCUCCUGAUCAACGACCUCCUGAACCUCCUGAACCACCACCAGUCACUGAGGAGGACCUGGAUUAUCGGACAGAAAACCAGCAUGUACCUACCACUAGUUCUUCAUUAACUGACCCACAUGCUGGAGUGAAGGCAGCUCUCUUACAGCUGCUUGCUCAGCAUCAGCCCCAGGAUGAUCCUAAACGAGAAAGUGGUAUUGAUUAUCCCACAGGAGACACAUAUGUGCCCAGUUCAGACUAUAAGGACAACUUUGGAUCUUCUUUCUCUGCCGCUCCUUAUGUUAGCAGCGAUGGUUUAGGAAGUAGUUCCGCUGCUGCACUGUUGGAAGCACGUAGUUUCAUUGGAAACUCAGAUAUUCAGUCUCUGGAUAACUACAGUACUGCUUCAUCUCACACUGGUGGUCCACCUCAAACUUCUGCCUUUACCGAGUCAUUUCCCAGUUCAGUAGCUGGAUAUGGAGACAUUUACCUCAAUGCUGGUCCCAUGUUGUUUAGUGGAGACAAGGACCAUAGAUUUGAAUAUAGCCAUGGUCCUAUCACAGUUCUCACAAACAGCAGUGACCCUUCCACAGGGCCAGAGAGUACUCAUCCCUUGCCAGCAAAGAUGCACAACUAUAACUAUGGUGGUAACUUACAGGAAAAUCCAGGUGGCCCUAGCCUCAUGCAUGGACAGACCUGGACGUCUCCUGCCCAAGGACCUGGAUAUUCACAAGGAUACAGGGGACACAUUAGCACAUCAGCUGGCAGAGGUCGAGGCAGAGGGUUACCAUACUGAGUAUCUGUUUUUCCUCAGGCACAUCAUUUUUAUCUGGAAAGACUUUUCUAGCUGCAAUUUGAGGCAGCAAUCCAAGAGACUUGAAUAAUAUUAAUUCAACAACAGCUUUAUUUUUAUGUGGAAAGGGUCUUGCAUACAAUAGUGAAAAAGAGAAAACGACAAAAAAAAUCUUUGCUUAAAUUCAUGCUGUUCUUAAAACUAGCUCUAUUGAUUGUACAUCGUCACGGAUUUUAGUUAACACUUUUAUUUUGUAUUCUUGCAGUUUUAAGUGGAUGCUAACAUUAGGGACAUAAUGUUUUUAUGGCCCUGUUGCAAAUCUUCUGAACUAUGCACACUUGUGCUUUUUUUUGUAAGUUUGGACCAACUUUUAUGUAAACAACCUACCCCUUCCCUCACUCCUCCAGUUUUACAACAAUCAGAAAGGGCACUGAUUUAUUUGGUAUUUUCUUUUUACAAAGCUACCUUUAGUCAAAGGUCACUGUCAGUCUUUGCACCUGCUUUCAGUGUUAUUGUGAAAGGUGUACUUUGUGCUCAUUUCAGAAAAUAAAACACAACCUUUCUCUUGAUGCAACAGUUUUAUAUAAAAAAAUGGUCAACAUUAUUUUUGUUUUGUUUUUUUCAGGUUACCAUAACACAGCAAAAUUCAUUCAAAUGAAAUAGUGGUUUUUAUAUGAAAACUAUGGGUAGGGUGGGGAGGGGUUGAGUAAGUGCCUUAACAGGUAAGCUUAAUGACUGCGGAUGAAGUUAGCCUUCACACCACUGUCUUUCUAAGGGAGUCUGCACUGUGCUGAAGGGGCAGGAAGCUUCUCCGCUUUUAGGAGUUGCUUGGUCAGUUCUGUUAGGUCCAUUCCCUCUACCUGUCACACUGUCCUUUUCUGCCUGUCUUUUGGCUGUGUUAACUUUCACUGUUACCUUCUCUUGGUAGGGGUGUAAGGAAAAGAAAGGGAUAACUCAGUACCUUUUGUUACUUCUGGGAAGUACUAAAAUUUUUUUUUUUCAUCAGUUAAGUGGUUGAAAAUAAUAGCUGAGUGAGAAUUUUAGAGUACUCCUUUCUUUCUGGCUGUCAUACUGACCUAGUUUCUAUUUGGAGGGCAGGAUUUUUAAUGCAAGUAUGUAUGACGAUUAACAAAAUAAAUACAAAUGAUACAUAAUAAAUGUAUUAAGGUCCACACCAUAAUAUGGCAAGCACCAUAUUUUAAGUUAUAUAAAUAUUUUAAGAAAAUGUCAACUUAAGUAGAAACAUGUCCUAGAUUUAAUUUAGUAAAGCAAAAAAAAAAAAAAACCAAAAAACAAAACAAAAAACCCUCAGAGAAAACCUUCCCUCUUCCUUUCAAUUUUGUGAAAUUUACUGUAAUUUCUGCCAGAUUAGAGCAGUGCUAUUUAGGUCAUUUUUAUUCUAUUAAAAUCAACCAAGAAAGAAUAACUAUGAUGUUGUCAAGUCUCACUAUGUUUAUGUUCACACACACACAAACAAAAUUGUGUUUCUGGAAAGGAACCAAAGGUAAAUAGCAUUUCCUUCAUCAUUAAUAGAUAACAGACUGGGAAACUGAGUGUGCCAACUGACAAUUUCAAUUGUUCUAGUACCUUUUCCAUUGGAAUAUUAAAUAGGGAGGAAUUGUUACGAAAAGCCAGUUUAACUUUAUGCCCUUUAUAUGAUUUGUGACCCUGCACUUAUAAACAUUCAGGAAACAUUAUUGUUUGGUGACAGAAUAUUUUAAAGAUAAUUUUCUAGUUUAUGCCUAUUAAAUGAGUUUUCAGUUGACCAUUUUAUUUUUUGAUGGUAUUUUGUUGGUAAAAGAAAAAAAUUAAUGGAAGAAAAAAUAUUUUGCUUUUAUUUGAAUAUUGAGUACUAACAACUUAAUAAAACAGUAGAGGAAGUGAAGAAAUGUUUUGAAAUUUAGCAAAAUAGAGUAUUCAAGUCUCUGAAAUUUUAAUAUGGUGAGUCUUAGAGCUUUAGACUUUCCUAUAAGUGACAGUAUCUAAAUUAUUAUUUGUCACAUUUGAUACAUCUGCUGGCCAUAAGCAGCUAACCUAAAAUUGAAACUAUUUAUGUGACAUGAAUAGCCUGUGUUUUAAAAUUAAAUAUUUUAUAUAAAA